AUGGCUGAGUGGUUGAAGGAGGAGGAGAGACCGACUGUGAGAGAUGGAUUUGAGAGAGGGUCGCUAAAUGAAAUGGGUCCAAUGAAGGCGGAGGCGAAGUUAUGCGAGUAUAAGAGCGAACGAUUCUGGAACCCAUGCUUCAGUGAUAUAAACUGCGCUAAUACUUGCAUUAAAGAGAAAUUCAACGGGGGGCACUGCAACGGCUUGCGUCGCCGCUGUUAUUGCUACAAACCUUGCACCUGA